AUGAGCACACUCCUCCAUGACUGGGACGAAGGCUCGAAAAGCAAACGCAAGAAGCUUCUGGAAUGGUUUUGCAGCCAUUUUGACGGUGGUAGACUGCUCAAGAGCGAGUACGAUGCCGAUUUCGCACUCUUUCUGCCACGUCUUCUAUCGUGGAUGCAGAAAACAACUGCAAGCGCCAUUUGCAGCUCUAACGACCACAGGGCCACAAGUAAGCCAGGAAAAACUAAGUGUCUUGCGCUUACGGAGCAAGUGGCUUCUCUUCAUGUGUUCUUCGACUCCGCAAACGCGCACGAAUACUAUCGAGAAUUCCAGCAUGCUAACGGUCUUCAGUUGGUGUUGAAAAUUGUGGCGAUUCACGGCAAUGUUGCCCAAUCUGAAAAACCUCUCGUGUCUGUCACCGACCGAGAAACCCUCUUUCGCGUCAUCCUGCGGAUUUCGAAGAUGAGUCGACAAUGCAAGGAGGAAAUCAGUCGUCUGGACGGCGAACUGGCUGUGAUUCAAGGGGUUCUAGCUAGUGGCGAGAUUGGUGAUUGGAAAGCGGAGUCUCGUGUGUGGACGCUUUGUCGGGCGAUCCUUCUUGAGCAGCUCGUAGGCAACCCCAACAGUCUCGAUCAAUCUCACGAGGCAAUUGUAUUCAUGCUAAAGCACUUCGAAGUGCGUCUUCAACUCUUUGGAGCACAGAUUCUCCACGAGUUAAUCUCCAAAAGUUCAUUUUCCUUUGACCCUGAGUAUCGAAGGCGGAAAGAGAAUGAUCUUGUGCCUCUUUGCCUCGCCCUCCUCGAUUCGAGCGACGUCUACCUUCAGCAUAAGAGCCUCGAGCUUCUGCACGAUCUGCUGCAGUCGAAACACCUACAGGGUAUCAUUUGUGAGAAGUUCACUCGUCUGGUUGGCUACAGUGCCAAGGCAUUAGAUGCCAAUGUUGAGGAGCGAUUCGCAUUAAUCGAAGAUACCACGGAGCACGAGACCUAUGCUCAUCUCAGAUCUGUUUUUACCUCAGCAUCCCAAGCCGUCAACAUUUUAAUGAACUCGAAUCGUAACCUGUUGCCGAUCUUGGUCGAUCGAUGUGACCUUCUGACUCCUCUGGCAUUCGUGCUCGUUGUUGAACGACCUCUCUCAUUGAAAUGGCACGCGGCUGCAACUACUAUCCAGUUCAUUAUCUUGCACCAUUACCAGCUGCCGCACGACUCAGUGAGCUAUUCGAGAUUUCAUUAG